GCUGCCAAAGAGCAUCGUUUACAGUUGGAUUUACCCAAGGCGGCGGGUUUCGCAAGUAACGGGCAACUGUCUCCGAACGGCACUGGUUCUGCCAGUCCAAGGGCACUCAGUCCUAAUAGGAUAGGCCAAGAUUGCUCCUCUUCUCCUCCCUUGACGCCCUCUACUCCACCUGCCGGCUACUCCGACUCGGACGCUUCUCGCCCCAACUCUCGUGCUCCCUCUCGCGCCGCAAGUUUCAACAAACCCAUUGUUGAGCAUGGUGACAUUCACGCUCAACCUCCUGUCGAUUCGUCUGCUGCCCUAUUAGGUCAAGGACAUGUCGCUUCUACCGCUGCGCCACCACUGCAAAGACGAUCGUCGACCAAAUCGACCCGUAGUGCAGGUGGCAAGGAUCCCGUACACAAAGUUGUAGCGAUGAUUGGAGGGCAACCCGUUGUCGUCGCCAAAAAGGAAGAAGUCGUCGCCGCUUCCGGUAACAAGUUCACCCUCAAAGACCUGAUUGGCAUUGGUGAUGGGCCUAACAAAUUGACUCGUCGACCAUCUGGAUCUGCAAAAUCUGACAGAGCGUCUACCAAAGGCAGCGAGGGUGGUUAUGGGGAUUCAACAUCCACGGCGUCUCUUUUGAAGAAAUAUGGAAUCUGCGAUAAGGCAGCCAUCGGUAAAGGUGCAACGGCCAUUGUCCGUUUGGCUCAUAAAUGGGAUCGUCGAGAAGAAAAGCUUUACGCCGUCAAGGAAUUCAGGAAAAGAAGAAAGAAUGAGACUGAAAAGGACUACGUCAAGAAGCUCACUUCUGAAUUUUGCAUAUCCUCCACUUUGCAUCAUAUCAAUGUUGUGGAAACGGUGGAUUUGGUACAGGAUGAGAGUCAACAUUGGUGUGAGGUCAUGGAAUAUUGUCCUGGUGGAGAUUUAUAUGCUGCGAUAAAGAGAGGUGGGAUGAGCAGCGGAGAGGUGGAAUGUACGUUCAAACAGAUUUUACAAGGGGUGCAGUAUCUGCAUUCGAUGGGUGUCGCACAUAGGGAUAUCAAACCGGAGAAUUUGUUGUUGGACGGCAGGGGACAUGUCAAAAUCACCGACUUUGGAGUGUCGGAUGUUUUCCGAAUGUGUUGGGAGAAAAAGACGCAUAUGUCGAAAGGUUUGUGCGGAUCGGAACCAUAUAUCGCACCGGAGUUGUUUGAUCAUAAAGAAUACGACGCCCGCUUAGUAGACGUUUGGGCCUCUGCCAUCGUUUUCUACUGCAUGCAAUUCCAAGAACUCCCAUGGCGAGUGGCCAAACCUGCCGACUCGAGCUUUGCAGCCUACACCGGAGCUUAUUCUUCGAAAGACGGUUCACCACCACCAUUGAACAAUCUCGUCCCGAGGGAAUGUAGGAACGUCAUUCGACACAUGCUCGAUCCUGAUCCCAAGACUAGAUGGGGGGUGGAUGAGGCUUUGAAAGAUAAAUGGUUGAUGGGUGUGACGGUGUGUGAAGAAGGUAAAGAGAGUGGACAUAAACAUACGAGUGCAGGGAUGGACGUGGUGAGGGUUCAAGCGUGAUUCAACCUUCCAAUUUAUCUCUCCUCUCUCUCACAUACUCCCAAUUUACACUCGGUCCAUCGUUACUCUUCAACUCGGCUUUCGUUCACAACACCCUUCGACCUCAUCUCACUAUCCCAUCAUUGCUCAUCUACAUCGAUUCUCCCGACUUGUUCAAUCCUAGGCAACGAUCGACCUCUUUCUAUCACUCACCCUGGAGUAGUCGUUUCCCAUCUACCUCAUAGAUCGUCCAUUCUCUUGUCUCAUCCCCAAUCUUCAGACCGAUACAUUAAACAAGACAUCAAAUCCUCCGACCCGAAUCAUCCCGUCUAGCCUCUAGCCUUCAGACACGUCCCUCAGUCGAGUUUAUGCCAGUCUGUCCCAUCAGACUUCUAAGGUCAGAAUGAAGAGAGAUCUGUUUUACCUGUGUUAUGAUAUGAUACCACGUAUGAAUAUCCUUUUAUCUAUUUGG